CUGAACGCAGAACACAUCUGACUUGAGCAGGAGAACUUCUGCUGCGAGGGAAAAUUCUGUCCCCAGCCCUGUGGGAAGGAUGGGAAAGGGAGAAAAGAGUGAAAUGGGGCGAGAAUGAUCCAAUCCUCACCCUUGCAGAAACUGACAGCAGGAUUCAAUGUGUUCUUGUGAGAGGCGGGAGGCGGAAUCAGGUGAGGGAAGUAGGCUGGGAGAGGUGUUCACCCAUCAUCCGAGACUGAUGAGCUCAAGGCUGAGCUCAAAGUCCAUGAGAUGCUGAAAGAAAGGAAGUUCCGGUGCUUUCAACAGACGCAGAAAGAGGUCAUCUUUGCCCACUUCUCUGUCCCGUAAUGGUAACUUUCCUUUGCCGUUUCUUUUCUCCACCGGGCAGAAGGGCUGUGGGCGGGAUGAGUGCAAACGCCUCCACGGUGCCUGCGUUCACUCUCGCGGGCUCCUCCCGCCGGGCCCAGCCCCAGGGCGUGCUCUUCUCCUUCUUUCUCGCGGCCCCCGUGCUCCCCGUGGCUGGCAACCUGCUCGUCGUGGCGCUGGUCUCAGCGGGCGCUGCCCUCCAGUCCCCCGUGUACUUCUUCCUGCGGACCCGCUCGGCCCUGGAGAUUAGCUACACGUCUGUCACCCUGCCCCUGCUGCUUCACCAGCUCCGCACCGGUCAGCGCCACAUCCCACGCUCUGGCUGUGCUCUCCAGGUGUUCUUCUUUCUCUUUGUCGGUGCCUCAGAGUGUUGCCUCCUGGCCGCCAUGGCCUAUGACCGCUAUGCAGCCACAUGCGCACCCCUCCGCUACCCUCUGCUGCUGAGCCGUCGGAAGUGCCUGGGGCUGGCCGGCUCAGCGUGGGCCUGCGGAGCUAUGGUGGGCCCGGGCCACACCUCCUUCAUCUUCUCCUUGCCCUGCUGUGGCCCCAACACCAUCCCGCACUUCUUAUGUGAGAUCCAGCCCGUGCUGCAGCUGGUAGCAUGUGGAGACACCUCCCUCAAUGAACUGCAGGUUAUCCUGGCCGCCGCGCUCCUCAUCCUCUGCCCCUUCGGUCUCAUCCUGGGCUCCUACGGGAGCAUCCUGGCUACUGUCUUCCGGAUCCCUUCUGCUGCUGGCCGCCUCAAGGCCUUCUCCACCUGCUCCUCCCACCUGGUGGUGGUCUCCGUCUUCUACGGCGCUGCCAUCUUUACCUACAUUCGCCCCAAGGCCAGCUAUGAUCCAGCCACUGACCCUGUCUCCUUCUUCUAUACCGUGGUCACCCCCAUCCUCAAUCCCAUCAUCUAUAGCCUACGGAACACUGAUGUCAAGGCUGCUCUAAGGAGAACCAUCCAGAAAAUGGGUCCAGCGAAGAUUUGACAAAGGAUGAUGACUCCUACUACUAGCCAGCUGUAAAUCACAGAUCAAAGGGAGAGGAGGCAUGGUUCUCACCUUGAGAGAGCGCAGCCUGUCAAAAAGACUAAGUUACCUUCGAAGAACCACUGGAGUCAAAUCCGUCCUCAGACUCUGUCAACACACACACACACACACACACACACACACACACACACACACACUGUUCUGCCUUCUAUUGUAAGAAACAAGAAAAAUUCAGGAUGGAGGAUCAACUUAACAAGCAGAACAAGUUUGCAACUCAGGAAAAGUUACAAAAUGUA